AUGGCUACUACUGCAUUAUCUCCAUCUAUCGAUUUAUCACCAUUGAAUACCAAUACCAAUGAUCUCACAAGCAUCCAGAAUUCCCUGAUUGAAUCGUUUGGCCAGAUUUGUUCGGUCGAACAAAUGGAGUUGUGUCAGAAAUUAGGCAUGUUAUCAAAAUCUGAGCAGCAACAAACAUACAAGAUGGCCAAAGCACUGAUUGAACAUCGGCAAAUACCCGUGAGCAUGGAAGACUGGAACAAUUUGACUGAAUGGGUCCUCAUGCUGAGAGACAGAUAUGCCAUGCACUUGGAAUCUCAGUGCAUCAGACAGCACACCAGCGACUUGGAGCGCAUCGGAUAUUUAGAUCAAGUUCAACGAUUAUCUAACCUACUAGAAGAAUACGGCCAGGCACAUGAUGAUCUCACUGACCUGCUACAAGCUCUCAAAAAGUUAAGAAAUGACUGGAAGCAUCGCAAACGGGAUGUUGAAAAUAUUGUCCUCUCUAUCUUGUCCUCAUCGUCAAAUCCACAUCCAGACUACCGUGUUGUCAAAAUCACAAGAUUGCAUUUAGCUACAUUGGGGUUAGGGUUCAGCUCGAUUGGCAAAUACUACAUAGUGUACGAAUCAAGUAUGUCGGAUGAAUCCAAAAAAGACAUAUUGAACAAUGUGGCAAAGGAUUUUGGCUUGGUGUUUCAAGAAAAUGCCGCUCAAAACUUGGCAAGAAUGGCUGGUAGCUAUCAUCGCAUAUUUCAGCAAGAAGAAGACAUUGAUGUAUUGGACGAAAUUCAGAAACUGACGCAACAAGUAUACAUUUCCAGACCGAAAUCGGUGAUUUUACCGUAUCCCACAAGCUUGCCUACCUCAAACCAUGCUGUUAAUGCUGCAGGUACCACCACAACAAACACAACAGCGACAAACAGCUCAAACAAAAGAACUUCAACAUUUUUGGAGAGACGAAAAUCAGUCAUUAUCUUACCAGACGACGAUAACAAUGAUGAAAACAAUAACAGCACUAAUGAACAACAGGAUAGUGGUAUUAAAUCACCCAUGGUAUUUAAUAUGGCAAAACCUGUAUUUGAACCCGCUGGUUGGGAUUGGCCACAUGUGCUGAAAUACAAGAGACCACGUACAAGAAGCGGUAAUCACAGUGGCUCUUACUAUUGGUGUCGCCAGAUCUUGGCUCCCAACACAACAAGCGAAAAGGAAUCCAUCUCUUGUACGCAAGGUGUAUGGUCUACUUCCAUUUCUCGGUUAUCAGAUCACUUCGCCAAAGUGGGACAAGACUACUAUUCAAACAUGCUGAAUAAUGCCAGGUUAAUGCAUUCCCAUAGAGCUCAAAUGUUUGAAUUUGCUACUCAUUCCUUGAUGAAAACCUAUCGUGCGCUGCAAUUAGAGCAAGGCUGCGCCAAUCUAAGUAGAACGCUGGUCUUCCUCUAUAGACUUCAACAAGAAACUGCCCAAAGAAUUUAA